AUGUCCGGCCAAAUCCUUGCCCCAGACGGGAAGGCGCCGCCGGGCUCCAAUAUUGCUCAUCCAGAAGUGUGGCCCCCCUCGACAUUACUCAACCAACUUAGAAGUCGCAACAACCCCAGCCCCCCACCCCCCAGGGACGUCGAUAUUGCGGUGUCGCGCAUCCGUGGCAUCUUCUGCGAGGUUGCGGCGAAGAGGCGUAGACCGACGAAGAUGGUCCUCCUUCACCCGCCCUCAAUGAACCUCAGUGCCACCGAGGCCAUUGCCAACGAAAACCACGACCUCAUCAACCGUCAGGUCACUGUCAAGCCCCUCCACCGCGCGCGCUCCCGAAAGUACGAUCACUACUACAUCCCGCGUCUAUUCCAGAAUCCGCCGCUGACAUAG